AUGCGAGCCUUGAAGAUCGUCUGGAUCCUGUUUUCUUCAUACUUUACGGGUAAAGACAAAUUUGCUGUGAAUCACUUUGGUAUCGGACCAAAGGGUAGGGUUGAACUGGUAAUCCUAUGUAGCAACGCCAGGGGGAAGCGUAUAGGACAUGGUGCGUGGUGGAGGACCAGUAGCAGGAUAAGGAGUAAGAGAGGUGAUCGGGGAGACAGAAGUGUCAGGGAAUGCCAUAGUGACUGCGGGAGGAUCUAUGCGGAGUCGGGUGAGAUCGACAAAAGUGGUAUAAUAACCACUCCGAGCACGGGUAAUGGUACGGUGAGACCCAGGGUGAGAUAUGUGGAGGGUCUGGGUCCAGGCAGGGUACUCAAGAACAAAACCAUUCUCUUGCAAAUUGGGUUGAGCAACGAUGGAGUCAGAGAGCCCGGGACAGAUGUAGCUGAGGCCUAG